CCAAUCCGACUCACUUAACUCGGUUUGUGGGAGGAGAAGAGACGAGAGGCUAGAAAACAGUUUGUGAGUUAUCCACUCAAACAAACAAAACAAGAAAAACCAGAAAGAAAUCAAAGAUAAAAAAUGGCAAUCAUAGCAUCAUCUUCAUCCUUGAAAUUUGCAAACCCAUUUCCAUCCUCCCUAAAAUUCUCACCAGCAAAUUCUUCUAGAUCACUACUGCUUUCCUUCUCAAGGAAAGCCACAGAAUCUGAAAACAAUGAAUCCUCCUCAUUAGAAACCACUGAAACUCCAACCCCAGACACCCCAUCAACCUCAACAGAAGACCAAGACAGUUUUGAGAACAAACUAGCACAAGUAAGACUAAGAUACAAAAGUGGAACAGGAAAGAAAGCUGAGCUAAGAAAAGGAAAGAAGUCAAAGGGAACAAAUGGUAGUGGUGGUGGUGGUGGUAAUGUGUUUUUGCCACCAGUACCAUUAAAAGAACCAGUAUCUGGUGGGGUGAAAGUGGAUAUGGGGUUUAGUAGAUAUACAGAGAGGCUUAAUGGAAGGUUAGCUGGUUUAGGAUUAGCUGCAUUGUUGUUGGUGGAAUUGGCUACUGGUAAGAGUGUGUUGAAUUAUCAUAGUCCAUCUAUUGUUUUUAUUCAGAUUUAUUUUGUUGCUGCUGUUUCUGCAAUGUAUGUCAAAUUUGAAAAGGAGAAAGUUAGUAUUUGGCCUAGGUGAUUGGGAUUUCAUUUGGGCAAUUGGAAUUUGAUGGAAAACUAAGGUUACUGAGAUUUGUAUUGUUGAAAUGUACAAUUUUUUUUUUUUUUUUUUUUCUGAGAACAUAUGUAUUGUUGA